UCGUGACCUCUCUUCCCGCCGCCUUCCUCCUCUUCCUCCUCCUCCAUCACGCUACCCGCAGGUAGACCUCCUCAUAUGUGCUGAGCCCCGUGAAAACCUAUGUUUGCUAGGCCAGUACGAGCGUUGAUCCGCUUGCGGGCUACAGCUCGCUGCAACUCUACAGUCGCUCCCGCCGCCAGCGCAGACGCAGGCGAAAAGACUGCCCCGAGGCGCACCGUCCCAAUCCUCCAGGAGUUCGGAGAUAUCAAAAUCCGUGAGGUUCUUCAUUGUCUUGCAGAAACCGCAUGCUCAGUCCGACUCAGGGAAUGCUCGCAAAGUAAAGUCGGACCGAACUGGGUAGGAGACCUAGGGCUCGGGUCCGGUGGUGGCGGCGGUCUGGCCGAUAAACUAGCACGGCGCAAGAGGCAGAACGUUGGCGGUAGCACCUCCAACGACGCUGGCCUCGAAGUGGUUCUCAAUGCCGACGGCACACCACAAGCCCCCGAGCUCUCCAUUCCGGCACGAACACAGCGCUCGAACGGAGACAGGCAGUCUUCUGCGCGGGGAGAGAAGAGGCAGGGCGGCGCGAAUCGUGGCAACAAUACACGAUCACAAGGAGGUGACCGAGCAGCUCGACCCCAGGAGAGAGGCGACCGAGCAGCUCGACCUCAGGAGAGAGGUGACCGAACGGCGCGACCUCAGGAGAGAGGUGACCGAACGACUCGACCCCAGAGAGGCGACUCUCAGAACCAGCGAUUGAGACCCGAAAAACAAUACUCGGCCAACCGAUCCUCAGAUAGGCGUUCCAAGACGAGGGACGAAGACGUCCGACCCCUCGUCGUCCUCUACCUCUCCCACCCGUUCAAAUCCAACAGGAGACCGCGAGAAUCGCGGUCACGCCGUCAGAGCUAGACGACUCUUCGCGAACACCGUCACGUUUGACCCCACUGCGAUCGCCGCCGUGAAGCCGGGCGCACAGAAUCUGCAGAACGCCGGUGUUGCGCGCCGAGUGCAGCAGACCCUGGAGAGGCGGGGAGGCGACUACUCGCGGUAUCUGCCCCAGGACCUGGGCACGUCGUUCCCGGAGCAGCUCGGGGCGCUCGGUCUCGCAAGACUGCAC